CGUCUAUUUUAAGAGUCAAGAAAUAAAUAAAUAAAUAUAAAAAUAAAAAAAAAUUAAAAAGCGAACAUUUCGAUGGAAACAUUUCGAUGAACACAUAGCUACUGGAACCUGUUAUUCCUGCACACACUGGGCGGUUAAACAGUAACGGAGCGCCUCAGAGUGUUGGAGCAGAGAGCAGAUGAUUAUCAGGAAGACCUUUGCUACAAUGUCAUGGCACAAGUACACGUUUACACACAGUCUGGUCUGAACUUGUACUGGAGUGAUUAAAGGGCCAUUAGACCUGGUUUAAAUAGGACAAUCUGGUGGAAAAGUGGACUGUUUCCGGUUCCUGGGUGACAUUUGAGGUUUUGGGGUGAAGAAGAGGCACUUUAUGGAUUGAAAAAAACUCCUGUGUGAAGUCAGUGUCAGGAAAAAUGUUUAUAUACAGAGUGCUGAGUUUGUGCUUAAUGCUGAUUUUUGUGGAUUUGAUCUCACAACCUGCUGCAGCUCAGUCUUGUGAAGGUCGGUGUGGUGAAAAGUUGGCGUCCUGUUCCUGCCGCCCGACAUGCGAGACCUUAUUGAACUGCUGUACAGAUGUGAAACAGUUCUGCCUGGACAUCUCACCUCACUCCGGCUCUCUGCUCGGAGGAACCGACUUCAAACUGCUCAACGUCAAGUUUGACAAGAACCUCAACCUCACCUGCAGGUUUAAGUCUGAGAUCACGACUCAGGGCUACGUGGAUGCAGAAGGUGUGGGUCACUGCAUCUCUCCCCUGCUGUUUGAGUCCGGCUGGAUCCCAUUUAAGGUUUCCACUGAUGGACUGAACUAUAACCGAGCUGGACGAUGGCUCUCAGUGCACCACAGUAAGCUGAGCGCGGAGUAUAAGCUCAUCCUGGUGAACGGGACUCAUUGGCAGUAUUACGGUACGCCGGGCGUCGGUGGGAUUCUGCUGAUGGUGUGGAAUUCAUCUCUAAUUAAAGCUGAGAGAGUAAACGUUGAGCUGUGGGGCUAUGACGAGUUCGGAGAGCCGUACACUGAUCAGUGGAGGGCCGAGUGGAAGUAUCUGUACACUGUAGGGAAGAAUGUGAUCAAUAAUGGGACAUUCAGCUUCGUCCCAACACCCAGUGAAAUGCCGCUGGCGCAGUGGCACAUGGGCAGCAUGAGGGUCAGUCCAAGCACCGAACCUGACGGCACAUGGAACGUGAACGCUCUGUGGAAUGGUGAUCAUGCUUUGGCUUAUCACCUGGAGGAGGCCUUCAGGAAAGAUUCUGCAGCUUGGGCUUUGGAAAAGUGUCUGAAGUGGGAUCGAGAGGAAAAGCUGAUGCCCAGUUUCCUGACUGAGAUCAUCGAUUGCCCCUGCACGCUGGCACAAGCCCGAGCCGACACCGGCAGAUUCCAUACAGACUACGGCUGUGAUAUUGAGAAAGGCAGUAAGUGCACUUAUCAUCCAGGAGCUGUGCACUGUGUUAGAGCCAUUCAGGGCAGUCCGAAGUACGCAGCAGGUCAGCAGUGUUGUUACGACAAAACCGGAGCUCAGGUUCUCACCAGUGACUCGAUUGGUGGAAGUACCCCGGACCGAGGGCAUGACUGGGGGUCACCACCGUAUCAAAAGCCCCCCAGAGUGCCAGGAUUCUCCCACUGGAAAUACGACGUGAUCACGUUUUACUACUGCUGCCUGUGGUCAGAUAACUGCGACUAUUAUUUCACACAUCGCCCGUCCAGCGACUGCAGGACAUACCAGCCUCCUAAAGCAGCCUCCGUGCUUGGUGAUCCUCACUUCAUCACGUUCGAUGGUUCCAAGUACACCUUUAACGGUAAAGGAGAAUACGUCCUGCUUCACUCACCAGAGUUCCAGCUGAUGGUCCAGGGCAGAACUGAGCCAAUGAAAUCAGAGAACGGCUCUGUCAUCAUGGCGACGCGUCUCUCCUCGGUGGCCAUGAAGGAGAAGGACUCUGAUGUCAUCGAGGUGCGUCUUGCGGAUAAACCGGAUCAUCUUCAGGUCUUACAGAACCAACAGGUGCUUAGUUUCUCUGAACAGACCUGGAUGGAUCUUGAAGGUGUGUUUGUGUUCUCGGCGGUACCCCAGAACGUCACAGUGAUGUUCCCCUCAGGCGCCGGGGUCGAGGUCAGAGGUCGCGGAGGGGUCAUGACCCUGACUGUUUUACUGCCGCAGGAGUUUAAGGAGCAGACACAGGGCCUGCUGGGGAAAAUGAACGACGAUCCUGACGAUGAUUUGACCUCCAGCGAUGGGAUGGUUGUGGGAGGAGACAGCAGCGCUCAGGACAUUUUCACAUUCGGAGCAGGAUGGGCCAUUAAAAACGAGUCUUCUCUCUUCACCUAUGACUCAGAGCAUCUCCUAAACGAGUACUACUUCUCCCCGAAGCAUGAUCCCUCGUUCAUCCCGCAGUUCUCCGUCAAUGAAGAUGCGUCCGAUCCGCUCCUGAGUCCCACGCUGAAGAUGUGUGUAGGAGACGGAGCUCAGUUCUGUAAAUACGACACGCUAAGCACACGCAGUCUGGAGCUGGGCAACAGCACGCUGCAUGCUGUCCGCUCUCACACGGCCACGACGCAGGACCUACAGCCUGUGGUGUCCUGUGGCGGGCUACAGCCGCCCAAGCACGGGCAAAAAGAAGGAACGCUGUAUUUGGAGGGGGCUAGUGUCAGAUUCUCCUGUAACCAUGGUUACCGCCUCUAUGGCUCACAGGAGCGUGUAUGUCAGGAAGACGGACGGUGGUCAGGAGAGGAUGCACACUGUGUUUCAGACGACAUUUUGGGAAUCGUGUUGGGCAGCGUCGGUGCGGUCCUCACCCUGGUCGUCAUGGUGAUCGCAAUCGUCCUCUACACUCGGAAACAGAAGAGAGAAAGAAUAAAGGAGAGAGAAAACAAGGCAGUUUAUCAACACAAUGCCGACAAUCUGUGAAACGCCUCAGCUGCUGCGCUAACACUCCAUUAUACUGUGAGAUUUUACUGUGCCUUUUAAAUGCAACAGUGCACUAAACAUGAUGUAAAGCUUCCUGAUUUUUAUAUUUUUUUUUGCAGUAUUGACACCCAGCAGCCAUGUUUUUAAAUUGUGUAGGUUUUAAUUAAACCUGUCGUGAUGUGAUUAGUUUUUUCCAUGGUGCUAAUUUCGUAGCAAUGCCCUCUCCUGCCAGGGCUAACCUCACUCACGACUGAACCUUUGUGCAUUAUUCAUAGUCUAGUAUUGUGUCUGAAGGAUAUAAAUACAUUAAUUGUACGAAAAAAUAAUCAGGGAUGGACAGAAUACUUUCAGGAAGUAGAGAUAGCUGAAUAUUGAAUACACUGUCCUGAACUAAUGUAGUAAUGUAUUCUGAAAGUGACAUCAGCAUUUAUAUUGGGAAAGUUCCUCAUCUUCAGAAUCAGGUUCUGCACAUGCUCAAGUUGAUUUAAAGCGCUGGUGUGGCUGCGGAUUUUCAUUUUAAUCAAGCAUGAGGCACACCGUGGCUUUUCAAUCGAAUAUCAGGUGUGACUCCUGCUUGGUUGGAAAUGGAUUAGAUAUAAAGUUAAGAAAAUAUUUAAAUAUUCUUUAAAAAAAAGAAAUUUUAAAUAAAUUACUCAGGUUUAGUUCAUAGUUUUGGUCUCUGUACAUAUCUGUCAGAAAUGUGGUGUGUCAGAAAUGUUUUUAUUGGCCAAUAGAUAAAAUGAUUAAAGUCUUCUGAAUUGUUUUAUUUCAAUUCAUCACUUUGAAAAAUCAAAUCUGAAUGGUAAAAGACAGCAUUUUAAAAUUGAAUAUCUGAACAUCACAGUUUUCUCUGAAUGUAGAGAACAUAUGGUCUGAGUAUUUACAAUAAAUGAGGAUGACGUGGUGA